AGUGAGCGAGAGGGCGAGGCACGAGGCUGCAGCGGCGCCGGGGAGGCGCUGGGUGUCGCUGUUCCUGCGGCCGCCUCCCCAUCACCCCUUGCUCGCUAGCCCCGCCCGUUCCUUCCCUGCGCCGCCAUUGUGGUGACCGGCUCGCCGCUCCGCACCAUGUCGUCCCACAAGACCUUCAAGAUCAAGCGAUUCCUUGCCAAGAAGCAAAAGCAGAACCGGCCCAUCCCACAGUGGAUACGCAUGAAAACUGGCAAUAAGAUCAGGUACAACUCCAAAAGGAGACAUUGGAGAAGGACCAAGCUGGGCUUGUAAAGAGCUGCUCUAAUGGGAACUCUAAUGACACAUGCGUCUCUCCUGCCCCAAGUCCUGAAAUACACAUUGCUACAAAAACCAUCACUGACCCAUUUUGGAGUGUUGAAUCUUGUUCUUCCCUCUCUCGCCCCGCACCCCUAAAAACAAAACCAUACCAAACUGUAGUCUUGAAAGAUAACUUUAAUAGACUCUUUGGAAUAUUAUAACUGAAAAAUGAAGACUCUGUUCAAUUAGUGUUCUUUAUUUCUGUACUCAAAUAUAUUGACUUAAUUUGUAUUGCCAGUUUGCAGGUUUGUUAAUAAAUAUGAGCAUUAUUGAUCCUUUGAA